UUCUCGGUUUUAUUACCUCCUCGUGCUCGCGCGGUCUCUCUACUUGUUGCAUGCUCCAGUUCUAACCAAUCUUGUUAUUUUCCAUUAAUUACGAAAUAAGUCAAAUUUCUUAUAUCGAGUAAUAAAAAAAUUUUAUUGAAAGAAUGGCGAACUAUCACAAACCAGAAUCAAAAACCAUUCAGGAAUUAAAAGAUAUUGCUAAUAAAUUGAGGAUUCGUUCGAUCGAGGCCACGCAAGCCAGCAAGUCUGGACAUCCUACAUCAUGUUCUUCAAUGGCAGAAAUUAUGUCCGUUCUUUUCUUCCAUACAAUGCGUUACAAAGUAUCAGCACCACGUGAUCCAAGUAGCGAUAGAUUUAUACUCAGCAAAGGUCAUGCAGCACCCAUUUUAUAUGCAGCUUGGGCAGAAGCUGGUCUUUUUCCAGCCAGUGAGUUAUUAAACUUAAGAAAGUUUGAUAGUGACUUAGAAGGCCAUCCUACUCCAAGGCUUAAUUUCAUAGACGUAGGAACAGGUUCUUUAGGUCAAGGUCUCUCAGUUGCAGCAGGCAUGGCUUAUGUGGGAAAGAAUUUUGAUAAGGCUAGCUACCGAGUAUACUGUCUAAUUGGCGAUGGAGAAGCAGCAGAAGGAUCUAUCUGGGAAGCAUUGCAUUUUUCGUCUUAUUAUAAACUAGAUAAUUUGUGUGCUAUAUUUGAUAUUAAUCGUUUGGGACAAAGUGAACCUACUUCUCUUCAACAUAAUAUGGAAGUUUAUCGUAAAAGGCUUGAAGCUUUUGGUUUUAAUGCAUUAGUUGUUGAUGGUCAUGAUGUUGAAGAACUUGCUAAGGCAUUCCACGAAGCACAAAAUACGAAGGGACGUCCGACUGCCGUUUUGGCAAAAACAUUUAAAGGUAAAAGCUUUCCAAAUAUAGAAGACUUAGACAAUUGGCAUGGAAAGCCUCUUGGAACUAAAGCAAAUGAAAUAAUUCAGCAUUUAACUGGACUUUUAAAAAAUCCUGGUCCUUUGGGAUUACAUCCUCAAAAACCAUUAGUUGACGAUGCUCCAGUAAUAGACAUUAGUAACAUUAAAUUGGCCUCGCCUCCAAGUUAUAAACUCGGAGAACAAGUAGCUACUAGAUUAGCUUAUGGCACUGCUCUUGCCAAGUUAGCGAAGAAUAAUUCACGCGUAAUAGCUUUGGAUGGCGACACUAAGAAUUCUACUUUUGCUGAGAAAAUAAAGACUGUCGAUCCAACUAGAUUUAUUGAAGGUUUUAUAGCCGAACAAAAUGUUGUCGGUGUUGCCAUCGGUACUGCUUGCAGGGAUCGUGCUGUUGCUUUUGUAUCAGCGUUUGCUACAUUCUUUACACGUGCCUUCGAUCAGAUUCGUAUGGGUGCAAUUUCUCAAACGAACGUAAAUUUUGUUGGUUCACAUUGUGGUGUGUCAAUCGGUGAAGAUGGACCAUCACAAAUGGGUUUGGAGGAUAUCGCUAUGUUCCGCACGAUACCUGGAUCAACUGUAUUUUAUCCGUGCGAUGCUGUCUCUACCGAACGUGCCAUAGAAUUGGCUGCUAAUACGAAAGGCAUUUGUUUUAUUCGUACCUCGCGUCCAGCUACAUCGGUUGUAUAUAAAAACGACGAAAUAUUUGCUGCCGGAAAAGCUAAAGUAUUGAGGUCUACUGCAAAGGAUCAAGUUCUUGUUAUAGGUGCUGGAGUAACUCUGCACGAAGCACUUAAAGCAGCCGACGAAUUAGCAAAGAGCAGCAUAAAUAUUCGUGUGAUCGAUCCAUUUACUAUUAAACCAAUUGAUGCUCAAACAAUCAUAAAGAAUGCUAAAGAGACCGGCGGUAAAAUCAUAACUGUCGAAGAUCAUUAUCCCGAAGGUGGUUUAGGGGAAGCGGUAAUUUCUGCCGUUUCUUUGGAACGAAAUAUUAUUGUUAAAAAACUUGCUGUACCUGAAGUACCAAGAUCUGGUCCUCCUAAUGUCUUGAUUGAUAACUAUGGCAUUAGUGCGCGUAAAAUCACUUUAGCGGUACAAGACAUUUUGAAGUUAUAAUUUUAUAUUUGUUUUACGAUAAAUGGUCAUAAUAUGAAUUGGAAUUGGUCACAUGAGAUGUGUUCAUAUAUAUAUAUAUAUA